AGGGCUCGGUAGCCACAGCCCCGGCUCAGUGGCCGCCUCGGCAGGACGUGUUCCUGAUGAUCCGGCGGCACAAGACGACGAUCUUCACCGAGGCCAAGGAGUCCUCGACCGUGCUGGAGCUGAAGAGAAUCGUGCAGGGGAUCCUGCACCGCCCGCCCCACGAGCAGCGCCUCUACAAGGACGAUCAGCUCCUGGAGGACUCCAAGACUUUGGGCGACUGCGGCUUCACCAGCCAGACCGCCCGGCCCCAGGCCCCGGCCACCGUGGGGCUGGCGCUGCGCAGCGGCGCAGAGGAGUCCUUCGAGGGGCUGCGCAUCGAGCCCUUCUCCAGCCCCCCGGAGCUGCCGGACGUGAUGAAGCCCCAGGACUCCACCGGGGCCGCCACCGACCCCCCCCUGCCCUGAGCCCGAAUUUGGGCUCAAAUCCGACGAUUUUGGGGCCGGGGGAGGGGCUGGGAGGGGGGCGGGGGGAGGGGAGAAAGAAAAUCCCAAAAAAACCCCAAAAAAAUCCCCCAAAAAAUCGAAAUAAAAAAACCCCUGGCGACAUCUGGGGGAGCUCGGGGCGAA